AUGGCUUCCAUCUCAGAAUCCUUCAAAAACAACCCUAUCCCUAGAAACCAUAUCGUCCCACUAGACUUCAACAAUGUUCUCAAACUACCGGACUCCCACACUUGGUCCCUCUCUGCAGACUACCCAUCAAUCGACCCAUUAGACCACGAAGCCGUCCCCAUAAUAGACCUUACACACCCACAUGCACUCACACUCGCCAGAAAAGCAAGUGAAAAUUGGGGUAUGUUUCAGGUCAUAAACCAUGGCAUCCCCAUUCAUCUUCUCCAGGAAUUGGAACUCCAAACUAGGACAUUAUUCGACUUACCGGCUAACCAGAAGCUCCAAGUGGUCCGAUCACCUGAUGGUAUCACUGGGUACGGCCAAGCUCGUAUCGCAAACUUUUUCAACAAGCAAAUGUGGUAUGAGGGAUUCACCAUUAUGGGUUCUCCGGUGCAACAGGCUAGCCAACUUUGGCCACAUGACCACGCCAAAUUCUGUGGUGCAAUGGAAGAUUUCCAAAAGGAAAUAAAGCAGCUGACUGAAAGGAUAAUUGCACUCAUGUUUAAGUCACUAGGUUUGACCCAAGAAGAUGUGAAAUGGCUGAGGCCCAAAAGUGGGUAUAAGCAUCCACAAGGCGUACUUCAAUUGAACUCGUACCCUAUGUGCCCUAACCCAAACCAAGCCAUGGGCUUAGCUCCUCAUACAGAUUCAUCAUUGCUCACUUUACUGUAUCAGAGCAAUAUUAGUGGUCUUCAAGUCUUUGGAGACGACGAUAUUGGGUGGGUGCCAGUGCAUCCUCUUCCGCAUGCACUUGUGGUCAAUGUUGGUGAUUUGAUGCACAUAAUCUCCAAUGGAAGGUUCAAGAAUGCUCUACAUCGUGCGGUGGUGAACCAGACACAUCAUCGCUUAUCGAUUGCAUAUUUCUAUGGCCCUCCAACAGAUAUCAUGAUAUCACCGUUGGUUGACUUUGAUCAUCCUCCACUUUAUCGUCAGGUGACUUGGAAAGACUAUCUUGAUGCCAAAGCAACACAUUUCAACGAGGCCCUGGACUUCAUCAAAAGGAAACAUACAUGA